UAUAAAUAUUAAAUACAGACCACAUUAGCCAAUCAUCCUUCUCUCAUUGGCUUUCCCCCAAGAAACACACAAAUCUCAGCACUUUCUUUUUCCUCUCAAUCCGAUUUGUCACCAUGUCUCAGACUGUUGUUCUCAAGGUUGGCAUGUCAUGCCAGGGCUGUGUUGGGGCUGUCAACAGGGUUUUGGGGAAGAUGGAAGGUGUAGAGUCAUUCGACAUUGAUUUGAAGGAGCAAAAAGUGACAGUGAAGGGUAAUGUGAAGCCAGAGGAUGUUCUCCAGACGGUUUCAAAAACUGGGAAGAAAACGUCGUUCUGGGAAGCGGAAGCAGCAGCAGCUGGAACUGAAUCAAAGCCGAAUCCGGAAGCUGUUCCUGCUGCUUGAUAAUGAUCAUCCCAUCGCGGCGACUAAAAGCUUUAAAACUAUAUAUGUUCAUGGCCUAUGAGCUUAUUGGAUGGCUUUGUAGUGAAGGUAUCUGUACAAGAAUUGAUGUUUAACCAAAAAUAUUUCCUAGUUUGUUAUGAUGUUUUCUGUAACAUGGUUAUUACUACAAAAUCAAUGUCAUUUCUGGAGAUUCUUAAGAAA